CGGUGGUAUAUUUUACGAAGAGAAAGAGGAGGAUAAGGUAGAAACUAAUAAACAAAACGAAAAACCUGAAGUAAAAGAACCAACGCCUCCGCCGGUAGCACCACCAAAGCCAUCACAGAAUUGGAAUGCAUCACUCAAGUUUGCACCUAUAGCUCGUAAACCUAAGGCUGCUGCGGUUAGACCACCAAUUCCAUCCGGAUUCACAAAUGCUAGUAUAUCUAAGCCCACUAACAGUCGGAUUGAAUCACAACCUUUAAGUAGAGACAGCUCCGAUAACACAAGUAGCAACAAUUAUAAAGCACCCUCAAUGACAAUAGAUGAUGACGACGUCAAUGGCUUUAAAAAUACUUUAAUUGGUAAACGUAUCCUAACAAAGAAAGAAAAAAAGAUGAAAAAGAAAGGCCAAUUACCACCUCCUGGACCAAGUUGGGAUGACGAUUAUGAUCCAUAUAAGCCAACAGAUUAUUCAGAGUAUAAGCAAUUCGCUGCAUACUUAAAAGAGGAGCGGAUUGCUAGAAAAGCAGAAGAGUUAUCAAGAAGACAAUACAGUUCAUCAGAAUACUCUGACAGUGAUGAUGAUAAAGCUGAUGAAAGCGAUAGAGGGAAAAAUAAAAUGUUUGCUCCACCUUCAGUAUAUGAUAAUGAUGAGCCUACUGUUAUCAAUAAGGAAGAAACUGGUGAUGAGGUUUUCCAACGAAGAUUAGCGAUGUCGAGUGCUAGUGCUCAAAAGGCUAGAAUGGACAAUAGUGGAAAUGAUACCCCUGUGGUGAUUGAGGUGAAGGAGGAAGAAUACAAGGAAGUUUCACAACCACCAAAACUACAACUACAAGAGCAACAACAACCGCCACCACCAGCACCGACUACAAUUGAAAACCUUCCUAACACCACAAAAGAAUCAACUCCAUCCCAAAGUCAACCAACUAUGGAAGAGAGAUUGAAAGCCUCACAGGCAGCUGCUGCAAGUAUAGCAGAGAAAUUCAGUAAACUCGUUCCCAAAAAGCCAACCCCAACUCAAACACCACCUCAGAAUACAGAAUUACCAUCAGUAAAAAAUGAAGUCGAUGAUUUCUUGUCGACUAUUGAAGACUCGACAGUAUCAAAAGAAGAACAAGAUAGAGGUGAACAUAAGGCAAAAUUUGCUGAAAGAUUUAUGGCCAUGCAUGGUUGGAAGCAAGGUGAAGGUUUGGGUGCUAACAAAAGUGGUAUAAAAGAGGCGCUCACGUUAGAGAGAAGUGAAAGUGGAGCCGGUGAGAUUAUUUCAAAAGAGGAAGCAAGAUUGGAUAGAGAAGCUAGAGAUUUGUACGGCGAACCAUCGAAAACCAUCAUCUUGCGGAAUAUGGUUUCAAUUGAUGAAGUCGACAAUGAACUAUCGCAGGAGAUUGCAGAAGAAUGCAACAAAAAUGGUAUCGUGGAGAGAGUGGUCAUACACACACCUAGAGAAUAUAAUGAUCCUAUCGAUGCUGUUAAAAUACUGGUAAAAUUCUCUGGAUUAGUUGGUGCAUACAAGAAUGUGCGGGAAUUAAAUGGCAGAUUCUUCGGUGGAAGUCAAGUAAAGGCGAGAUAUUAUCCAGAUAAUGCAUUUGACAGGGGUAACUAUGAUUUGUAAUACUAGCGAAAAUGUAAAUUAGGAAUUUUAACUGUUGUAUUUGUGUCCAACACCUCUUUGUAAAUCAUCGAGGAUUUUCUUGUCUAUUUCAGCAGCAGCUUCACUAUUCAUAUUACUAUUCCUAGACUUAUUUAUUAUUUCCAAAAUAAACCGGCUGAUAUUAUUCUCUCCAAUUUCAACAAUUGCGCGACUGCCCCAGCUAUAUUCAUAAUCGUGAUUACCAACAUUUGAUUUCUUCUUUUCAAGGUAAUUCUGCCGAGAUAGAGUUGAAAGGAAGUUGUCGAGGAGUACUCUGCCUUCACCUGGCAAUGGUUGAUCUUUUGAAAUGCCAAGUUUCUUCAGAUUGGAAGUCAGUUGAACAUCUGAAACUAUGCCACCAUUUCCAUAAAUAAUUGCUAAUAUAGAGUGUAAAAUGCCAAUGUGGCUGAUGUUUUCAUGUCUACUAAAAGCUUCUGACUGAUUAUUCGGUUGUUCUGCUGUAUUUAUUAGCGCGUAAGCUCGUGUUCCAGUUUUAGGAGGUAUAUCUUCUAAUUUUGCGCUUUCUUUAGGUGGUAAUUCCCUCAACUCGUAACCAAAUGUUGAUCGUAGUAUAUCAUUGGCACCAUCGAUAGCAGCUAAUAAUUCAUCUUUACCUGAAAUGUUACACUUCUUCGUUAUCUCAUCCUUCCUCAGGGCUGUUCUUCUACCUUCUGCUGAUAAAGCCAGACGAACGAGAGAUGACUGCUGUUUUUUAUAUUUACGAUUUGUUAUAUUAUCAGAAUAAUUAUCCAUUCUGACAUCUUCUUCGCUAUCAGACAUAUUGAGUGUAUAUAAAGAAGAUAGUAUGAUAGUAUCUUAUUGAAUAAAGAUCAUUCUAUUCCUUGAAAAUUAGCAUUUCAAAGGAUCCAGAUUAUCAGCUUAGUAAUCCACCACCAAGACAGAAAAAUGCCAUCAUUAUCAGAAAGUGCAGCUGCAGUAAUGCCAUCAAUACAAGAGAAGCUUGCUAUUAUUAGCGGCCCAUUCAAUGUACUCGCAAAGGUCGUAGUAGAACAAGGACACGCUGACGAAGUUGAAGCACUGUUGAAAGAAGUCGCUGAACUCGCUAGAAGCGAUAAAGAACCAGAAACUUUGACUUACCGUAUCUCAAGAGGUAUCAAGGCUGAUGAUCACACUUUCAUUGUUUACGAAGAAUACACAGGUCCAGUAGGAUUAGGUGUACACACUUCUUCACCACAGUUUCAAAAAUUGGCUGCAUACCCACAUGUCGUCAAGGCUGAUUUGGAAGUUUACAAGGAAUUUUAAAUCAAAUAUUAUGUAUCAGUAAUAUAGUUUCAUUUUAGAUACUCUAAACCCAGUCGACUGGAUUUUGAAGUAUGCGUUGAAAUUCUCCCUCAGGCGUAUUUUCGAGUGUACCGACAUCUGUCAUGUACUCCCAACGAGCAGUUGAUGGUAAACUCAUAAGUAUACUCUCUAUACGAGCUCCUCCUGCCUUUUAAACCAAACUUCGUUCCACGAUCGUGUACCAAGUUAAACUCAACGUAUCUUCCUCUACGCAGCUCCUGCCAGCGUUUGUGUUGUUCAGUGUAUGGUAUCUCUUUCCUUUUUUCAACAAUUGGUACAUAAGAGUUGAGGAAUGAGUCACCACAUUCUCGUAUAAAUCCAAAUAACUCUUCCGGUGACUUUCGUCUAGCAAGCUCAGAGCCAGGUGUAAGAUCAUCGAAGAAUAUACCACCAACACCUCUACACUCUUUACGAUGUGGUAUAUAGAAGUAUUUAUCAGCCCACUGCUUAAAGUCUUGGUAGAAUGUACUAUCAUGUUUAUCACAAGCGUGCUUGAUGACCGAGUGAAAAUGUUUAGCAUCAUCUUGGUUGAGAUAUAUAGGUGUGAGAUCACUACCACCGCCAAACCAGGAGAAGAUAGGCUGAGUUGAGCUAUCCGAUGGAUCAGAAUUCUUUGCGUAUAAUUCGAAAUAACGGUAAUUUGCGUGUACUGUUGGACAAAAUGGAUUCCUUGGGUGUAUAAUCAAUGAUAAACCAACAGCACUGAAUGGUAAAGAUGCAUUACUAUCUGGAUCAUAGGGAAUACCUUUAUGAUUAGCUCUCAUUUGUAAAAUACCUGCAGGUGGUAAAUUACCGUGUACAAUCGAGACGCCAACGCCUGCUUUUUCUAUGUGAUUACCAUUUUGUAAAACACAACUAAUACCUUCACCACCUUCUUUCCUUUGCCACUUAUCAACUCUAAAAGGUGUUUUACUAUCGUCUAGUUUCGUUAUACCCUCAACUAUCCUCGAUUGGAGGUCUUUUACAUAAAUUGACAUCUUAUCUCGCAUACGAUCUUGUUGACAUUCGAUUGGAGUGUAGUUAUAAUAUAGUAUUGUUGAUGCAGAUGCGCCAGUAGCUAAUAUAGUCGAAAACGUUUUGAAUCCAUUUUUUAGCAUCUUU